AUCUCAAUUAGUCCUUCGGUUUUUUCCUGCUCAUUCUUUUCUUUUCCCUCAUUAUCAGGAUCUAGAAAAUGUAAUAGGAGUACUAAGAACUUUUAAAUUCAAACUAUGUUAUAAUGUUAAUAGUGUGAUAUUUCUUGGUGGUCCAUUGACAUGCUACUGAAAAAAUUCCGGGGAUUUAAAUAUAACACAACACAACAGAGACAAAUUUUGCUUCAAUGGCUGAGCUGUUCAGGGUCAAGGGAGAACACUAGUAGAUAUUUUUUUCUACUCUUUUUCAACUUAACUCUGCCAUUUCAAGAUUUCAUAUCAUAUCAAGAACCAGUUUCACACAGCUUAUAGCUAUCUCUACCAAGAAAAGUUCUUUAGAAAAAAGAGAAAAAGCUAGCUCAACCCCCAUUCCCCACACCACCCCCGUGUUCACAUUUUUGUAUAAAAGUAAACUAAAAGCCAUUUUCCUUGGGCUUUGUUCACUCUCACAAAAACAUGACCUAAAAUAUUAACACUCCCCAUUCGGCCAUUCUUCCCCUUUUCCCUCCACUUUUUCCUUUUACCUUUCCCAUUUCUUCUCUUUUUUCCCAUCACAAAACAAACCAUCAGUCUAUCACCAUACUCCUAGCUUCUACCUUCUCAUUUUAGAACAUGGCCACACCUCAAUCAAUUUAUUCUCUUUCAAGAAUAACCAAGCCUUUUCUGCCUUUUUAGCUCAUUUUUCCUUCCAAGAUUACUACUUUAUUGUUUAAUAUCAAAUUCCACGAAAGUUAAAUUCUUUUCAAACGGAGAUAAACAAGAAUAUCUCCGACGGAAAUACCGUACAGUCCAUUUUAAACCUCAAGAAACUUUCUUAUUCGGAUUCUCUAAAGAAUUUUUGGUUUUGGGUAUUCUUCAAAAUGUCCUCUACACCAGCUGAAGAUCCUCAACAACAACAGCAACAGCUACUACCACCGCCCAUGUUUAUGGGUCAACAAGCUUAUUCGGAUCGCCCGGGUCACGGGUCGGUUGGACCCGUUAUCGCUGUACUAGCGGUGAUAGCUGUACUGGGAGCCAUUGCUGUGAUGAUAGGCAGGUUGUGUUCGGGUCGGAGGAUAAUGGGUCGGGGUCAGUACGACUUU